AUGGUAACUCCCAAAACCCUAACUAAAAUAGCCCAUAAGUGGCAGAAGGCGAUCAUCUCCACCGGGCGGCGGCGGCGGCGGAGGAUCUCACUGCCUAGAACAAGAAGCUCCUCCAAGGUGGCCGACAAGGGCCAUUUUGUGGUCUACACAUUGGACCAGAAACGGUGCGUUUUGCCGAUAAGCUAUUUGGGGAACUAUGUCUUAAGGGAGCUGUUGAAGAUGUCGGAGGAGGAGUUUGGGCUGCCGGCGGAUGGGCCGAUAAAGCUGCCGUGUGAGGCGGCGUUUGUGGAGUAUAUUGUGUAUUUGAUUCGACGACAUGUCGACUUCGAAGUGGAGAAGGCUCUGGUUCUGUCGGUUGCUCCGGCGGUGAAAGGCUGUUGUGGUUCUAAUUUAUUCUCGGCGGUGGCACGGGUGGCGGAAGCUAGCUGGCCGGUGAUGAUUCAUGGGGUUUGAGAUUUGUAUGGACCAUGCACAAUUUUAUUAAGGAAUUCGGCCUCGUACUAGUCAUAAUUGUUGGAAGACGAAAGUCUCAUAUUAA